CUACAAAAAUGCGGGUCGCCGGGCUGGCUGCGCGGCGGAGGGGUCGGGCGCGGAGGCAGAGGGGUCGGCAAGCGGACGUCGGCGGCGAGUCGGCGGGCUGGGCUGGCUGCGCGGCGGAGGGUUUGGGCUGCACGGCGGGCUAGAUCGGCGCGGAGGUGGAGGGGUCGGGCGCAGAGGCGGAGGUAUCGGCGACUGAGGAGGUGGCGGGCGGCGCGGCGGAGGUGAGGCGGAUGUGGCGCCUUGUUGAGAAGGGUGGCGGGUGACACCUCUGUUGAGAAGGGUUUAGGGGGAGAAUAGUUUGGGGGGCGGCGGCUGAUAUGUUAGAAGUAGGGUUUGGGGGGUGGCGGUUGUGUUAAAAAAAAUUGCUUCUGUGGGGAUUCGAAAACUGGUCUGGUUUAAUGAAAUCAAGUGCCCAACCAGUAGGAAUCCCGUGUGCAGCACGUUUUAGAAUCAGAUCCAAAGCAAUAAAUUGUUGUUUCUCAUAUUUGGGCCUUGUUGUGCAACUCUGAUUCACAACAGAAAAUAGAAACCCAACUAAACAUGUUUUUUUUUUCUUGGUUUCUCCAAUCUUUAAAAACACAACAGGAAACAAAAACAAGCAACAAUACUAAACGGGGUCUAAGGGUUGAGAAUCAUAAGGAUAGAAGUGAAAGACAAAUAUCAUUGGCCAAUGAUGAGUAAUGCUAUCUAGACCAUGAACUAAUCAAAAUUCAAGAUACUAUACCCUAUCUAGAGUGACUAAAUCCCAUACCGUAAUUCUCUAAAUCCUUAAAUGAUGCAUAUGGUACGUUGAGUAUAUUAUACAAAUCAUAAUCAUCGAUCAUUGUCGAUAGUGUAUUUCAUCUUAGAAUUUAAAGUUUAGAAAAUUAGGAUUUUAGUUUAAGGUCUAGGAUUCACUCGUUCGAGAAUUAUGGACUAGGAUUACACAAUGACCAAUUAUCCUCACUAAUUAAGAAAAUCUCCAAAUGUUUUAAACCAAUCUAUCACAAUCUUUAUUUGAGAGUUAGACCAAGCAUUUGAAAUUAUCACAGAUACAUAUUGUGUAAGAAAAUGAACCAAGUUUCGUGGUUCAAAAAUCUUGACACAAUAUACUACAUUGAGAUUUACACACCUCCACUGAGAAGAUAAGUCAAAAUUAGAUAAUAGAACCAUUGUUAGUUGGUGUGCUAAAUGUUUGGAACUUUGAACACAAUGUUAUGAUAAGUUCGGACAAGAGUCAGUAUAUCUUGAUUGCACCGAAUGAAUUAUUUACUCAAAGCAUGCAUUGCUUACAUCAACAAAUAGAAAUAAUUGACUUAGUAUUCCGUGUUGGUUCACAAACUACUCAUUAACGAGCCGAUGUCUCAUAAAAUUUGCUUCAAGUUUGUACAUAAGAAGUCAUGAAACAUUUUCAAAGAGUGAAAUUAAACAUUAAAAAAUUAAGACAUAAAUCAUUUAAGCAGUGAGAUUAAUUAAUUAACAUAAAUAAAUCUUUGGCUGUCGAAUUAUGGGUGGGUGGCUCUAGCAAGAUGAGGAGUAGAUGAACGAUCUGUCUGUUAGUUCUGUUGUCAUGCGUCCAUUUAAUACAAAACCAAAGUCGUCACACGCAUGUGAGUCUUCAGAUCUUUGUGACAAACAUCUCCAUUAUUGCCCCCAUGACCCAUCUAUCCCAUCUCUAUAUAUUUUUCCAAACAAAUUCAAUGAAUGGUCAAUGUUGGUCCCUAUCACUCUAGUUUCAUGUCUUUUCACUAGUUUGGUGGUCUCAAUUACUCUCAAAUUGUAGUUGAUGAAGAUGUACUACACGUUCAACAGAAAAGUAUUGAUUAUCAAUCCCUUGAGUUAUCAUGAUUGUUCGGCUUUUGAUCACUUAUAUUGUAUAAGAGAGUUAUUCAUAAUUGAGAAGCAUUGGGUUUAGAUUUUCUAUACAAAUUAUAGUCCCUUUAAGUAUGAUGAGACUAAUACUUUUCACUGUGUUGUGCAGAUUAUAUAUUGUGUUCUUCAUCAAGAAUAUCAACAUAAAAAAAAAGUGUAAUCGUGCAGCUAUCUGAAGCGAUAAUCACGAAUAUAUCAUCAAGAGGACUAUAGUAUUACAGCUAAUCCAGCCAAUAAUACACCAUGGAUGUUGUGUGGUCGAUCAUCAGCACAUUGAUUGUUUGUUAUGUACAUACAAAUAGUAGAACAUUUAUCAAACUUCAUGUGCAGAGUCGUGGACCGGCUUAGAUCUCUCUCACGAUUCCAGGCUGCCCUCGCCACUUCCAAUUUCCAAUUAAAUUCAACUCCACUACUCAUGUGACAUUUGUUUGCUCAUAAAUAGCCUCCUUACUUUAUCUUGUUUCCUCGGUGCUCAUCUGUUCUUGUGCUAAGGAAAACUAAUAAUGUAGUUCCAUAUGGGCGUCGAACAGGGAUUAAUUUAUGCUUGAAAAUGGCCGGUCUAGUUGGUUUAACGCGAAUUCACACGUAAGGCUAUGAUGAUUAGUCGAUAAUUAAACUAGUAUCAAGGACUUGAUCAGCACGGGUGCAAUCAUAUACAGGACGGCUGUUCUUCUUCUUCUUUAAUUUUUGUUAACUAGUUGUACUAUUUACACGAGUGGGGGUGGGGGCAAUUUGGUUGAUUAAUAUGAUUAAUUUGCAGCCGCCGAUAAGUGUAUUAUUGAAAGUUUGAAACCGUGUCCUAAUAUUGUAUUCGAGGAAUUAGUAGGGUUUUACUUUUAUGAAGCUACCUGGUAUCACCUAUCGUUAAGCUUGGCCUGCCUCAGCUUAGAAAAAGGAAGAAUUAAGAUUGGAUGCUUUAAUUAGGAUUAAUGAUGAUUAUCAAUCCAAGGAAGAGAAGAGAACUAAUAUUCUCUUUUCCCUACUUUUGGCUUGUUUGGGUGUAAAGUAUGACGACUUGAUAAGAUAGAGAGGUUAAUUUAGUUAUAUCCGUUGGGAAAAUACUUCACUAUGAGGUAUUUGAGUUCUUUUAAUAGUUUUUUAACUUGGAUUUUGAAGGCUAUGUUUGGUAUUUAGGAUUAUCUAAAUAGAUGCAUUUAAUUAUUUUUAAUUAGAUGUAUUGUUUCAAUGUAUGAAAUUGAAAAAUACAUUAUUUGGAUGUUGAAUGAUUUUGGUGGUUCUUCAAAAAUAAGAAAGUUUAAAACAAAAAAAAAAUUCUAUUAAUUGCAUAUAUUGACUAAAUACACAUAUCAAAUUUACCCACAGGCAGGGAUGGCAACUUUGCCCAUACCCAUGGGUUUCUUAGUAUCCAACCCAAUUGGGUUGGGUAUGAAAUCCAAAUAGAUGGAUAUGGGUAGAGUUUGAUGGGUUUGUACCCAUACCCAUUUACUUUGGGUUGAGUUGGGUUUAUAUCAAAUAGAUUUGGGUUUGUACUCAUGCCCAAAUACAAAUUACAGUUUGGUACCCAAACUUAAUAGACAUGCAUAUUUAGUACCUAAAUUUAAUUGUUUUUGCAUAUAAGUCCUCAAAAUAUCGAUGGAAAAUUACGUUUUGGUACCUAAAUUUUUUGGUCUUACAUUUUGGUACCUAAACUUUGCAAAUAGGUCCAAUUUUUGCAUGUGUAGUUAAAACACCCUCAAGUAAAUGGAUAUCCAUAUCCAACCCAUACCCAUUUAGAUUAUGGAAGCCCCAACCCCAAACCCAUCUAUAAACCCCCAAAUCCAUAUGCACUUCACCCAUACCCAACCCAUUAUCAAUGGGUCUACUUGGGUUUGGGUAUAAUUACCCAUGGGUGGGUAAUUUGCCAUCCCUACCCACAGGUAUACGAUAACAGAUACCAUAAGUCCAUAACACACACCAUAUUACACGGCAAGCCUGCCCAAUUAGCAUUAGCUUGAUUCAUCAAAUGGCACUGCCCAAUUAGAAAUUCUUACUAUUUCACAACUCCCAGCCUCCCAUGGAUCCUUUCUUCCUCCAUCUGCAACUAUGGCCUGUUAUGCCCAUACUUGCAUGAAUAAAAGAUUCAAACAUUUUCCUCCAAAAUUAUCAGGGUCUACUGUUCCAGGCCUUAUUUGAUUUUUAGGUUCGGUGCUUUGGGCCGGUUCUAUGGCUUUUUUCAGAUUAAGCGGGCCCAUCUCAACCAGAUAUAGGCUUUCAGUUGAGCCGCCUAGGGAGCUUGAAGGCCAGCACUGCCACCGUCGACGACAGGAGAGCAGCCUGCGCCUGCGUCAAGGCCGCCGCCGACCAUUAUUAUCGAUCAAGGAAGAUGCGGCUGGCUUCCUCUCUCCCUACCAAGUGUGGCGUUGCAAUAAGCAUCCCCAUUUCCAAGGCUAUCAACUGCCAGAGGUUCCAUUGAUCGAUAAUAAUUAGAACGUAGCGUUUAAUAUGGCUUUUGAUGUUAAUUUACCGCAUGAGUUUGAGCUCUCUGUGCAUUGAUCUGUUGGUGGUGGGUGCAACAUCAAUUGAGAUGAAGCUCGCUGGAGGGUCGAAUUGAAUGAGCUCGGGGUUCAGGAAUAAAGAGUAGAGUCGGAGAUAGAGAAAACAUAUAAAUAAUUAUGUAUAAAAUGUAUUCGAGUUUGGAAUUUUCCUUCUCGUCUUGAUGGUGGAAGUAUGAUUAUAUAUGACAUAUGAAUAAUCAAAUAUUGAGUUUAUGGGGUAUCGGUACAUUAAAAAAUUCCAUUUUCUAUUUCCAUCAAAUUUUGUGGUAAAUUUACUCUUUGGGGGAAUAGAGAAGCAAACAAAAAAUACAUAAAUUAUCAUUGAAAAAUAUUUCAAUAAGGGGAUGUAGCUCAGAUGGUAGAGCGCUCGCUUAGCAUGCGAGAGGUACGGGGAUCGAUACCCCGCAUCUCCAUUUUUGGCUAUUUUUCUUACAAUUUUAUCCAGUACCACAACGUUAUAUUCAGUACGACGACGUUUACCCCACUCCAAGCGCAUCGAAUUUUCUCCUCCAAGGAGUCUGAAAAAGGAAGGAGAGGCCAUCACUUUUUGCAAUUUUUCUGACAAUUUUAUCCAGUACGACAACGUUUUAUUCAGUACGACGAAGUUUACGUCACCCACUCCAUGCGCAUCGAAUUUUCUCCUCCAAGGAGUCUGAAAAGGAAGGAGAGGCCAUCAGUGGCCGGAAAUGGCAGCCCGUGAUUAGACCAAAUGACGAGACUACCCCUGACCUAUAUAAUGAAACUCACCGCUGCAAAUUUCUUCUCCUUUGCCCUGCCUUGCCGUCGGCGACCCGAAACUGCUUGCGGCUUUUCGGAGAGAGAGACCCGGAGACGGAGAUAUGAUACCGCAGCAAUGGGCUCAACCCUGUGGCGGCGAAUGCACCCACAAAUACGCAGCCCUAACUCAGAUUCCUUGGAGAGUGUUUUGCAAGAAAGGUUGUAAUGCUGAUGGAGACACAUGGGAAGAGUGCUUGGAAGCGUGUGAAGAGAUAUGCUACAAGGACCCUGUAUUAAAAGACCAACAAUGGAGUGCUUACAUUGACCGUUCACCUGGAGCUGCUAGCUACUCAGAGGAAUGCUUCCAUGCCUGUGUGUCUGGCUGCGGUUAUAAGUUUGACAUUAACAAAGACAAAGUUGACCAGACUCGUCCAAACCGGCCAUGCAAGCCUUCUUCCCCUCCCGAGAAGCCACCAUCCUCUGCUCACAAACCGUCUACCACCAUAGCUGAUGAACAGGAAGAUGUGCCUUGCACUUCUGCCUAGAAGGCAAUGCUACAUACUAGAGAAAAAAGAAAUAAAACCAACUAUGACAAGUAAGAAGAGUGGAGACGUACCAGCCACAAAAGCCGAUUUCUGGUAGGAAGAUUGUUGUUGCUGUGUAUGAGAAUGGAUUUUCGUGUUGUUGUAAGCGCUCUCCCUUUUUGAUCGGCCAAAAAUGUGUUAGUUUCGAGAUCGAACGUUUUUCUUCCUCAACAGCUUCUGACUACCCCCUAGCAUCCCCAGUUCGGUAGAGUAUACCAUGAUAUAAUCUCAUUAGGGUUCACAACCCCACUUUUAGAAUAGGUACUUAACCGCCAUCUUGUAUUCUUUUGUCAUCUCCAGAUGUACUCUCUUAAUUUUUGUGACUUUGUGAUAAACUUCAAAUUAUUUAUGGAUGAGGCAAUGAUGUGUGUCACUGUUUCUGUUCUGGGCUACAAGACUGCAUUUCGAGUUGCCAAAUUGUUGCUCCGGCCUUUUAUCGCUAUAUUCGGCUGGGCGGAUUUGAUCUGAGUUGAUGAAAAUGAUGAAAUAAGUGCAAGGGAUGCAUAUUUGGCCUGUUUUCAAUCUUAAAAUCGAGUUUAACAAGGUAGAACCAGAACCAGUAAAAACUAAAAAGUAGUUGCUGUCUUUCUUAGUGGAUACCUGCUUUAGGUUGGGCACAGAUUUAUCAAAACUAGUUGAACUUGAACUAAACACAUAAAUAAAAU